CCAGCAGUACCCAAGAGGAAGAGGAAGAGGAAGAGGAAGAUGACGGUGGGCAUGAUCAACGCGAACCCGGUGGUGCACGAGCGGCCGGAGCGCGCCGCCCACCCGCACGCCGCCGCUCUCGACGCGCUCGACGUCUUCGAUACGGUGCGGGACAUCAAGGACCCGGAGCACCCUUACUCGCUGGAGCAGCUCAGCGUGCUCUCCCAGGAGUCCGUCUCCGUCGACGAGAAGCUCGGCCGCAUUCAGAUAACUUUCACCCCAACUGUGCAGCACUGCAGUAUGGCGACUGUAAUUGGCCUUUGCCUUAGGCUUAAGUUGAUGCAAAACUUCCCCCCACACUUCAAGAUUGACAUUAAAGUUGCUCCAGGAUCUCUUGCUAAUGAAGAAUCAGUAAACAAACAACUGAACGACAAGGAGAGAGUCGCGGCAGCCUUGGAGAACCCGAACCUUCGCCAGUUGGUCGAUGAGUGCCUUUGCUCCGACCAUCCAUCCUCAUACUAACUUAUCCCUGACGCGCCGCAACCUGCGUGCUGUACAGCAAUAAUCUUUGCAUGUUGUAUUUUUUUUACCCCUUAUACUGCACCUGCCCAUGUACAAUCACCGUCUGCCAUCUGAAAGUGUGGAGGAGGAAAACAAAGGAGAGUAUUGUUGUUUUUGUUGUACUACCAUGUUUCAGUCAUGUUUCACUGGUCCUCUGUCAAUUAUUAUUAAUUAUUGACAUCAGAGUUUACAAGUGGAUUUUUUGCUGUUGU